AUGGCGUUAAGGUUUCACGCCAGAGAUGUUUCCGGUUUCAAAUUCUUGUUUUCCUUGGCGAUCAUGUAUGGUCUCAUGUCGCUCCUGGUUCACUCCGUGCUUUACAUGAAGUUCAUCCAGCCGUUGGGAAUCGACGCGCCUCUCGAUCGCUUCUCCGAGGCCAGAGCAAUCGAGCAUGUUCGAGUAUUGUCGCAUGAAAUCGACGGUCGACAAGAAGGGCGUCCGGGUUUGAGAGAAGCAGCUCGGUAUAUUAAGGCACAGUUGGAAACGCUGAAGGAGAGAGCUGGAUCUAAUAUUAGAAUUGUGGUCGAAGAGAAUGUUGUUGGUGGAUCAUUCAAUAUGAUGUUUUUAGGCCACAGCAUAUCAUUGGGUUACAGGAAUCAUACCAAUAUUGUAAUGAGGCUAUCUUCAAUAGAUUCACAAGACACCGAUUCAUCAGUUUUAUUGAAUGCUCAUUUUGAUAGUCCACUUGGUUCCCCUGGUGCUGGUGAUUGUGGUUCAUGUGUUGCAUCAUUGCUGGAAAUUGCGAGACUAACCAUAGACUCUGGCUGGGUCCCACCUAGGCCUAUUAUUUUACUAUUUAAUGGUGCAGAAGAAGUUUUUCUGUUGGGUGCACAUGGCUUCAUGAGGACGCAUAAAUGGCGUGAUUCCAUAGGAGCUGUUAUAAAUGUGGAAGCAUCUGGAACAGGAGGUCCUGAUCUGGUAUGCCAAUCUGGACCUGGUUCUUGGCCUUCUUUUGUCUAUGCUCAAUCGGCGAUAUAUCCCAUGGCACAUAGUGGAGCUCAGGAUGUUUUCCCUGUUAUUCCUGGAGAUACAGAUUACAGGAUGUUUUCCCAAGAUUAUGGCAACAUUCCUGGCCUGGAUAUCAUCUUUCUUCUUGGUGGUUAUUAUUACCAUACCUCAUAUGAUACGGUGGACAGACUAUUACCUGGUAGCAUGCAAGCACGUGGAGACAAUUUGUAUAGUGCAGUGAAGGCCUUUGCAGAGUCUCCUAAGCUUAAAAAUGCUCUUGAAAGAGAAUCCUUUGGUAUUAGUGAUGACUACAAUGAUGAACGGGCGGUUUUCUUUGAUUACUUAACUUGGUUCAUGAUAUUCUACUCAAGAAGGGUAGCUGUGGUACUUCAUAGCAUCCCCAUUGCCAUUUUCCUAAUAAUGCCUUUCUUUUUACGUUUGAAUUGUGGGUUAUGUUGUUGUUUUUCAACCUUCUAUGAUUUUGUAAAAGGAAUGAUCCUCCAUGCUACCGGAAUGAUGCUGGCUAUUAUUUUUCCAGUGUUAUUUUCCAUCCUGAGAUUGCUAUUUUCCAGUUAUGCAAUGAACUGGUAUGCAAAUCCCUACUUGGCUUUCAUGAUGUUCAUUCCCAUCUCACUUAUUGGUCUGUUGAUCCCUAGAAUAGUUUGUCACCUUUUCCCCCUCUCUCAAGAUGCUUCAGUUCUCAAGACAUCAAAGGAGAUGCUAUCUGAUGAGGCAAGAUUCUGGGGUGCGUUUGGAUUUUAUGCUUCAUUAACUUUGGCUUAUCUUGUAGCUGGGUUAAGUGGGGGUUUCUUGACCUUCUGCACAUCUGCUUCUAUGCUUCUUGCAUGGAUCUCCUUUUACCUAUCAAUCAUGUUUUAUGGUCAUCAGUCAGUCAGGUCAACAGUUUUUUAUGUGAUACCUCUAAUUCCAUGCCUUACAUACUCUGUUUAUUUUGGUGGGUUUCUUCUUCAAUUUUUGAUUGAGAAGAUGGGCAUGAUGGGUGCUGUUCCACCCCCGUAUGGGUAUUACAUUCCUGAUAUUGUGGUGGCAUCAGCAGUUGGUGUUGUUACUGGUUGGUGUGUGGGCCCGCUACUACCUAUUUGCAGUGAAUGGUUAGCCAGGUCAUCCAUCUUGCAAUUCUUUCUCCAUCUUAGUGUGAUUGCUUUGGCUCUAUCUUCGCGGUUCUUUCCAUAUAGUACAGAUGCACCUAAAAGAGUUGUUUUCCAGCAUACAUUUCUGACUGCAGAUGCAAAUCAGGUUGUUGAUUCAAGUUAUGACUUUUCUGUGGUGGAUUCCAAUUCUUUGCCGUUUCUGUUUAAAUAUGCACCUGAAGUGGCAAAGGAGUUGCACAUUGGUCCAGAGUUUUCUUUUGACACUGCUAACAUGUCUAGCCAACAGACUUUUAUGGCACUUUUUCCAGUUUCCUUUUUGUUUUCAAGAAGUUUGAAGUUCCCUGCAAGAAGUGAUGAGAUUUUGAAGCGAUAUAGACAUUUUCCUCACUUGUAUACUUAUAAGCCACAAAUGAUGUCGAGCGAUGGAUCUCGGAGAGUUUAUUUGGAACUUUCCUUGGGCUCCUUAGAGGAGGUUUGGGUUGCUGUCCUUAACAUUACUGGCCCUUUAUCUAGUUGGUCAUUUGCUGACAAUAAGCUACCAGUCCCGGAAACCGCUGAAGGUGGUCCACCAUCAUACAUUUGUAGACUUACUGGAGCCAGUCAUGAAAACUGGACCUUCUGGUUGGAGGCUAGCAAUUCUGGAGAUAUAAGGGUGGAUGUAGCGGUGCUAGACCAAGUAUUGGUAGAUGAAGCAAAGAAGUUGAAGGGAAUUUUCCCAGUCUGGGCAGAUGUGACUGCUGGUUCUAGUUUUUUGUCCAGCUAUAUCUUUUAAUGUUUAUUCUGGAAGUCUUUCUUCCACUAGAUAAGCUCAUAACAAUAACUUAACUCAUUAUAUUAACCUCAUGAUACCAUUGCCAGAACUGUUCCCCUGCUGAAAUUAUACAACAAAUAAAAUUCGGGUUUGUUCCAGUUUA